AUGGCAAAGAAAUCAAAGGAAAAUGGAUCGUCAUCAGCAAGUAAUAAUAACAACAAACAGGAUCAAGAUGGAUUACCAGAUGCAUUGUUAGAGAAUCAAAGAACAAGAGUUAGAGUUGGUAAUGCUGGUAAUGAAAAUACAAGAGGAAUAUAUUAUAGUGGUGCAUAUACAUCGUUGGGAUACGAUAACAGUUUCAGUUUAGAUAAAUUCAAAAAGAACUUUAAGAUUAAUGUACUUUCAGAUAAACCGGAUCAUCUUGUUUUCGAGAUGAUCGGUGUCGAUGCACCCAUUGCCAAUGCACUCCGUCGUAUUCUAAUCUCGGAAAUCCCGACGAUGGCAAUCGAGCGUGUCUUUAUGAUUAACAAUACAUCGAUAUUACAAGAUGAAGUAUUAGCACAUCGUCUAGGAUUAAUCCCAAUUAAAGUCGAUCCAAAGAUCUUUAAUUACAAAGAACCGGGUAAAGAAUAUACAGCAGAAGAUACAUUGAUUUUUACAUUAAAGGUUAGAUGCUAUAAGGAUGCAAAUGGUGAGACUAUCAACGGUACUGUUUUGUCGAAACACUUGACAUGGGUACCAACAGACGAUCAGAAUGAGAUGUUCCCUAAUGAAGCCGAUCAUCCAAGACCGGCAUACGAUGAUAUUCCCAUCGUAAAGUUGAGACCCGGUCAAGCACUCGAAGUACAGUGCUACUGCGAGAAGAACAUUGGUCGUGAGCACAUCAAGUGGUCACCGGUCGGAACUGCAUUCUACAAGAUCCUACCGGAGAUCAGUGUCUCUGACAAGGUCACCGGUGAGAAAGCAAAGAAACUCAAACAGUCGUGUCCAAUGAACGUAUACGACAUCGAAGACUCGGGCAAGGCAUUCGCUGCACGUCCAAUGGAUUGCACUAUGUGUCGUGAGUGCAUCAGAGAUCCAGAGAUGGAACCAUUCGUAAAACUGGAAAGAGUUAGAGAUCAUUUCAUUUUUUCAAUUGAAUCAGUUGGUACUAUUGCACCAAAGACAUUGUUUCAAGAUGCUAUCAAGAUAUUGAUUGACAAAUGUAGUACAGUUGAGAAUUCAUUGAAUACUCAAAUUUAA